CUAGUCUGGAGCAGCUUCUCUGCUUUUCUGUGCGCUGAAACGUUCUUGUUUUGAAUACACCCCCCUCCCCGCCCCGUGGUGAAGGUGCCUGGUUAACUGGGUCAAAAACUGGUGGGCAACUGAGUUAGGAAGAGGUGAAGGUGAAGAUCAAUAGAGGUUUUAGGGCUGGCUGUGUCUGUUGUGCUGGGUUUGUGUGACUGUGCCCAGAGGGCGGAGUUCCUGCACAUUCCUACCUCACCGGAGAACCUGCCCUCAACUCCACUUCAGCUACUCCAGAGAGAUGGGACCCUCCAGAAGAAACCUGCCCUGCAAUCCUUCCCGCCAGAAGGAUGCCAGGAGAAACUGCCUCUACCUGCAAGAAAGGCGCACGAUGGCACUUGGGGAUAGGAGUCCUCCGACGGCACCGGGUGAGUGCGGAUUUUAUUCCUCUUUUACACUCAGGAAUCAAGUAACUACACUUGAGAUUUGUGUCCGCUGGUACCAGAAUGGGAGAGAGUGCCAUUCCCGCAGAUCCCUGAGCUUGCUCUGCAUUUUUGGUCACAGCACAAAAAUAUUACGGGGGCUACACAAAAUCCCCCUCCACCACUCAUUCCGGGAGGAAAUUUGGUCCUUUAUCCAUCUCUGCUAUAUGAAAGACGAUUUUAGCAUGGCGAGUAUAGGCGGAUUCUGUAAUGAAUUAUUUCUAAAAAUUCUGAGCCUGUCAUUUGAGAAAAAGCUACAGGCUUAUCGCACCUUUCGGGGUUGUGCAAAGAGUGAUAGUAUCCCUAGAUUUCCAGGAAAGCGUCUAAAUGCCAAAAAUUUUGGGAAAUGGAGGAGAGAGACCUUGUAAAGAGCCGUACUGAGCUGGGUCCUGCUUUSAGUGCUCCAGCGGCGAAAAUGCGCCCUUACAAGCAAUCACGGGCAACGCUCAUGCCCAUGGGGAGAGCUACAGGCACUCUCCCUUUGUCUUCCCACUCCCCAAAUUCCAUGACUGCGUUCUGUAUAUGUGGAGAUGUACGUGCCGAAAUCUCGGAAAAUAGGGGAGGAAGUUUAAACGACUGAAAAACUGAUGUGCUCAGCAUGCUCAUCCUUGCGGGUGGGGGCAGGCGCGCUGGUGCGUGGGCAGGACUCAGGAUGGGGCCCUCCGUGGACCGACUUGUUCUUUUCUGCUGCCCUGAUGUGACAGGGGAAGAGCCACGGCUGGUGUCCACCCGGCGGAUUACUUUGACCCCUUUCGCUCCUGCCAUUUUUGACCUCAUGAAAACGAUUAAUUUUUCAAACAUACAGCAAGUUGAGUUUUCCGUGACGCUGCGCUUGGGACACCUCAGCGCAGGGGGCAGCGGUACUGAGCGCCUUUCUCUUUGGCAUGGCAGAAACAGGCGCUGGUGCA